ACACACAACUCUUUUAAUUGCAAAAGUCAAGUUCCCUUAGUUCCUCACUCUAUGGAGUACUAAGUUUUUCUUUUCUUUUUUCCUCAAGAAUCUAUGAGAUUCUAGCCGAUAACCUAUCUUAUUUUUAAGGUUAUCAAUUUUAGACUUCACUUAUUAUAAUUAUGGCGGUUAAAUGUGGAUCAUCGCCGAUGCAUGCCACCUCUAGCGGAUUACUACAAGGAGAUAAUCCGCUGCAUUAUUCACUCCCUUUGGUGAUUGUACAAAUAUGUUUGGUGCUUGUACUCACUCGAGUCCUCGCCUAUAUUCUCCGUCCACUAAGACAACCGCGUGUUGUUGCUGAGAUUAUUGGAGGUAUUUUACUAGGUCCAUCUGCGCUCGGACGCAACAAAAAUUAUCUAAACGCGAUAUUUCCACCAAAUAGCCUCCCAGUGUUGGACACGUUGGCUAACCUUGGCCUUCUAUUCUUUCUUUUUCUCGUUGGGACUGAGUUAGACCCAAGAUCUCUUCGUCGAACCGGAAAGAAAGCUCUAUGUAUUGCCCUUGCUGGAAUUACUCUCCCUUUUGUUUUAGGAAUUGGGACAUCUUUUGCUCUUCGAUCCACAAUUGCCCAAGGGGUUAAUCAAGCCCCUUUUCUAGUCUUUAUGGGAGUUGCCCUUUCUAUCACUGCCUUCCCUGUCUUAGCUCGUAUUUUAGCUGAACUCAAGCUAUUAACAACUGAUGUUGGUCGAAUGGCUAUGUCGGCCGCGGCGGUUAAUGACGUGGCAGCAUGGAUUCUACUAGCUCUUGCUAUUUCACUUUCAGGUUCGGGGUCUCCUAUUGUUUCUUUGUGGGUCCUGUUGAGUGGGACAGGUUUUAUCCUUCUUUGCAUAUUGAUUGCACCUAGAAUAUUCAAUUGGAUGGCAAGGCAAUGUCCUGAGGGAGAGCCGGUGAAUGAGUUGUAUGUGUGUGCUACAUUGGCGAUUGUUUUGGCAGCGGGAUUUGUCACUGAUGCUAUUGGAAUUCAUGCUUUAUUUGGGGCUUUUGUGGUUGGUGUUCUUGUACCAAAAGAAGGGCCAUUUGCAGGUGCUUUAGUGGAAAAAGUGGAGGAUUUGGUCUCAGGGUUAUUCCUACCAUUAUACUUUGUGUCUAGUGGAUUGAAAACAAAUGUAGCUACUAUUCAAGGUGCUCAAUCUUGGGGUCUUCUUGUUCUAGUUAUAACUACGUCUUGCUUUGGGAAAAUUGUUGGUACUGUUUGUGUAUCUCUCAUGUGCAAGUUAUCUGUUCAAGAAUCGUUAGCACUUGGUUUCUUGAUGAAUACUAAAGGACUAGUGGAACUCAUUGUCCUUAACAUUGGCAAAGAUAAAGGGGUAUUGAACGAUCAAAUAUUUGCCAUUAUGGUGUUGAUGGCACUCUUCACAACAUUCAUGACAACACCGCUAGUUAUAGCGACCUACAAGCCAGCCAAAAUGGCCGUAACAGAGUACAAGCACAGAACAAUGAUGAGGAAAGACUCAAGCAAGCAACUUCGAAUCUUGACAUGUUUCCACGGCACAAGAAACAUUCCCACACUCAUAAAUCUCAUCGAAGCCACUCGAGGAACAGAGAAAAAAGAAGGACUCCGCGUCUACGCAAUGCACCUCUUGGAGCUCACCGAAAGACCCUCAGCAAUUCUAAUGGUCCACAAGGCCCGAAAAAACGGACUCCCCUUAUGGAAUAAAGAGAAAACAGGCGAAUCAAACCAAGUGAUUGUCGCAUUUGAGACAUUCGGACAACUCAGCAAGGUGUCUAUAAGACCAACCACAGCAAUCUCCCCCAUGUCCAGUAUGCACGAAGACAUAAUUGCUAGCGCGGAAAGAAAAAGAGUUUCGAUGAUAAUUGUACCAUUCCACAAACAUCAGAGACUCGAUGGACAUUUCGAAACAACUCGUGCUGAUCUCAGAAACGUGAAUCGAAGAGUCCUCGAACACGCACCGUGUUCAGUUGGAAUAAUAAUUGAUCGAGGACUCGGUGGGGCAUCUCAUGUGUCCGCUAGCGAAGUUAACUAUACAGUCCUAGUUUUAUUUUUCGGGGGCCAUGAUGACCGCGAAGCACUUGCCUACGGCAUGCGCAUCGCAGAGCACCCUGGCAUUACAUUAAACGUAGUCCGUUUCAUAAUUGAUCCGGCAGUUAUUGGAGCGAGUGUCCACGUGGACAUCGCUCAGAAUUCCGGUCCUGUACCGGAGUCAUCACAAGAGGACGAUAUUUUUCUUUCUGAUCUGAAACAGAAAUCAAGCGGUGACAGUUGUAUUGUUUUCCAAGAGAGUAUUGUAAAGGAUGUAAGAGAAACUAUAGAAGUUAUUCGCGGAUUUAAAAAGUGUAAUUUGUUUAUAGUUGGGAGGAUGUCUGAGGGACAACUGGUUUCAGCAUUUGAUUCAAGAAGUCAUGAUUGUCCAGAAUUGGGGCCGUUGGGGAAUUUGCUGAUUUCCGGUGAAAUUUCAACAUCGGCAUCAGUGUUAGUUGUGCAGCAAUAUCGAAGCGAAUUACCUCAAGAAUCACUAAGGUCUUUGAGGGUUGGAGAUUCAUCAAGAGUUGAGUCAUCAAGGAUUGGGCAUUCAGCAAGAGUUGGACAUUCAACAAAAGGAAAUGAUGGUGAUGAAGAAGUAACUGAAAUUUAA